GUCCUUUUAAUGUCUCGUUAUUUAUAUUUCGAUGGUUUGUAUGGAAAAGCGAUUCACAAAACCAUUGAUUCAUUGAAACAAUCGACUCAUCAGUUCAUUGUGAACUGCAUUCACACCACAACACAUCCCAUGUGAUGACAGGUCCCAACUGAUCCACUUUGCAGUCAUUUGCGCUCAUCUGUGGUCAUCGCACACUAGGUUUAUCAGAGACGAGAUGUGAUGGCAGUCAGUGUUAAUCAGCUGUUACUGGACGCCAAGAAAUUGGUGACAAAACUCAAAGAUUAUGACACAAAGACUGAUCACCUGAUGGCCAGGAGUCAGACGCUUAACAAAUCAGUCGAAGCCAUGAAAGAGUAUCACGAAGAAGUUCAGGCAAUGAGUUCGCGAUCGACUUCUAGCCAAAGAAAUGCCAUAAUUAUAACGAUUCAGAGGGAAAGCAAGCAAUUGCGGAAACUGGAGGUCGAGAACCGGGAGCUGAAGUGCGCUCUCGAGGACUAUCAGUCGGUGUUGGAACUAAUUAUGAGUAAAUACAGACUUCAGACCAACCAAUUGAUUAAACUCGAGAGAGUGGAGACCGAGUGUCUCAACAGUCAAAGCAAUGACUCCAAUGAAGUGAUAAUGAAACUGAAGAAUAAAAUCGCAGAAAUGGCAUCAGUUAUGAACCAAUCGAUACUAACGGAUGAAACAAAUGCUUUCAAAGAACAGGAACUGAUCGCCCGAUUGAGAGUCGAGAACAAAGCCCUCCGAGAGUUGCUUCAAAUCAGCAAAACUCACGGUUCUCUACAUAAUCACGCAACCAAUGAUGAAAACUGAAUCCAUUAGCC